UGAUUUCACAUCUUUCCAACUAAUUACUCUCCAAUGCUCAUGCCGAAAGCUCCCGUUAGGACAGUAGCCUACAAUUUUGGUUUACCCAGUCUUAUGCAACUCAUAUUAUUUAUUUUAACGGUGCCAGGUCCAAUCAUAAACAAUUAAUCAACCAACAACAUUUAAUCGAGAAAUUAAUAUUUUUUAAAUGCAUCGAGAAAGCGUUCAGACAAAUUUAGUCAGUGUAGGACAACUAGAUUGUUUGCUGGUCAAGUCAUUUUAGGAAAAUGAAAACGGCAGAUUGUGCAGAAGUCAGAAUACGAAUCUUGAAACCAGAGACGAUGUUACUUCGCAAGCCAGUUAAAUCACGGUGUUCCACGCUCCUUCCAUUCAUCCGAUAGCCAUUGUCAACCUACGUUUGCAAGUAUCAAAUGCUAAAAUAAUGCACCGGUGAUUCUGAGAAGGUCAACAUAGGCGUCACAAUGGAACCAGCGAGAAAAAAGUCGUUAAACAACAUUGAGUUUGGAAAACCCUCCAAGGCUGAGUGUCCAUGUGGGUGGUUGAGAAGAUCCGUGUGUCAGUGGAGAGAACUAACCUGCCCAUCCCUAUCACCGAGUACAGCUUCAGGAUCGCCGACGUCAUGUUCGGGGAUAAGGCCACCUCUGAGAGGAGCAAGAGAAUCUCCCUUUGCCCAAACGUCAUCACUCCUGCCACCAUCCCGGAAUUCUGUAUCCCACCAAAGAUCCCCUCCCAGCAGGAGGUGAAGAGCACAGAGUUCUUCAGGACUGCCCCUGGAUCCAGCCCCAGUGCUGAGACGCUGGAUCGGGAGGUGAUCAGUACGCACAUCAUCCAGGUGGAGAGUGUGGAAGAGGCGCCAUUCGACAAUGGGUACAGCGAUGAGGAGACCACUAACGCAGACCCGCAAAGCCAAGCUGCCCUCUCCCUCCCCCAUCUGGCCAAAGCACAGACCUGCUACGGUUUCUGCACCCUGCUGGAGAGCCCCCACACAAGGAGGAAGGAGUCUCUGUUCCACAGUGACCCCAGCUCUUGCGGCAUCCCCCUGGUCCUCUCCAGAAACCGGCCCAGUGCGUGCUCCAAAGCCUUCGGCCUCGGUGCGCUGAGCUCCCGGCUCUCCCCUCGGGGCCUGGCACUGAGACGGCAAGGCACCCAGGACAGUGACACCACCUCCUCCACCGAGUCCUCCCCCUUCAGCUCGCCGCUGCUCGCCCGCUCGCUCCCCAAGUCGUCGCUCUUCAAGACCCUGAGCCACGAGAGGCUGCUGGCCAGGAGCGCCAGGAAAAUGGCUGUGUCCAGGAACAACUCUCUGUCCACCGACGAGGGUAGCUCCACGGACAACAGCCCCAACGUCUUGAGGAGAGCAUCCGAUGGCCUUGUAGAGCCUCCGUCCGACGCUUUCAGCCUGGCUCCACCGGCCAUCUUCCCCACCGAACUGGUGCUCUUCAGGGAGAGGGUCACGAGGGAGAGUCGGGUACCCCUGGGCAGGGAUGGGACCCUGAGGCUUUCAGCAGAGUAUUGCCCUGAGAACCAGCAGCUCCGGGUGCGCCUGAUCAGCACUGAGGGGCUUUACGCCCCUUCUGUGGACCCAAAAAGCAUCAACUGCAGCGUGACCAUCUCCAUGAUGCCCGGAAAGUCCCAGAAACAGCGCAGUACUGUUAUCCGGAAAAGCCGGAACCCCAUCUUCAAUGAGGAUUUCUUUUUUGACGGGAUAUCUGAGGAUGGCCUCGGCUUCCGUUCUCUGCGGUUCAAAGUGGUCAAUAAAAUGCCAACGAUGAAGAGGGACUGCACUCUUGGUGACUGUGAGCUUCCUCUGACCACCAUAUUAACUCUGUAAUGUCUGACACUCAUUUCUUCCCGAUUUGUAUGUACAACAUUAUUUAUUUCUACUUUUAUAUUGUAUAAAAAAUGUUGCAUAUUAAAUUAUUUAAAAAAAAACAUAAA